UUGGCUCUGCUUGUGGUCCUUAGCAUUCAAGAGAACUAUUCCACACAUGGGCUCCAUGUGAUGAAGGUGGAUCCAGAGUGGACGUUGCAAAGAAUUUCUGUCACAUGGAGGGAUGACCUUGAUUUCACCAAAAACAUAAAUGGGAAAUUUUACUAUGAAAUUGAAGUCCUCCACACUGAAACAUACCAUGUUCAGCAUCAUGAGGCUAUUGAGGUGAGACCAGACCAGGUUGGCAAGGUCCAUCACUGGAACUGGACGUCCCCCAUUCCCUUGGAAUGCACCUCCCACUCAGUCAGAGUCCGCUCCCAACACCAAGGACGCAGCAGCCCGUGGACCCCCCUACAGACCAUCCCUGGGAAAGAUGUUUCCUCCCACAAACACAUGCAGGUGUUUCCAAAGGAUAGAGUGAUCACCCCUGGCAGCAGCCUGAUGUUCUGCUGCAUACUGAGAGAGGGACAUGAAUUAAAUACAAUAGAUUAUGACAUUAUUGGGAAAACAAGUAUUCACCUGAAUGCCACCCAGAUCAGCAAUCGAACCUACGCCGUGGACAUCAUCGAGCACAACCAGAAGCCAUCUGAAAGCGCUGGCAAUGAUGUGUUCUGUUCUAGUACUGCAGAGGACGGAACACAAGGUGCCACUGUAUUUGUUGGCUAUCCCCCUGAUGACCAGGACUUUGUGUGCGAAACGGAUCUUGUGUCUGUGGAGUGUCAAUGGAACCAGGGUCGGCCCACAUACCUGGUGGGAAAGCAUAGGACUCAGUACACCCUGAAUGGAAGACGUUGUGAGGAAGCUGAAUCAGGUGGACCAGUACGGCAUUGCAAAUGGACUAUGAAUGGGAAACAGGAAGAGAUGACCUGGAACUUGACUGCCAAAAACCAAUUAGGCAGCGUGGAGCUCACAGACACAGCAGAUCUCAUGCACAGACUUCAUCUACAGGCACCAUCAGACGUGGCAACAGAGGUACACGCCCGAAACGCCACUGUUAAGUGGAAAUGGAAUGUUACAGAGUACCAGAAAUUGCCAUUGGUGUGUCAGUUGCAACUGAAUAGCAGUAUGGAGCACUACACUGGAAAAGGAGUGUCUCUGGUGCUGUUGAAAGAUCUGCUGCCUGACACGACUUACAGCCUUAAGGUGCACUGUGGCUCAGAUCAGAACUUUUGGAAGUGGAGCAGCUGGAGUUCAGUGCAUGUCUUCCACACCAAAGAGGACUGUCCAAAUGCCCCAGACGUAUGGAUACAGAUGGACAGCAAUUACACAGGUCUUGUCAUGUGGAAACGUCUCUCCAAGAGUGAGAGUCAUGGCCAGAUCUUGGGGUAUGAGGUGACUUUGGGGAGCUCCAUGAAGAGGGAGACAGAGAAGUCCACUGUGGCCUGCUCUGUGGACUGUGGUCCUCCAGGCCAUUGCAGUGCCCCCUUCAGACUGGGGGACGGUGGAGAUCGUAUUGUCACGGUUAAAGCCUUAAACUCAGCCGGCUCCUCCCCUCCUGCCAGCAUCACCGUCCCCAGGCUUGUGUCAGAUGAUGAGGUCACUGUCUUGUUGGUCUCGGGCAGCAGUGGCCAUUUUGACUUGUCCUGGCCCCCAGGUGCCAGUGCCACCUGUGGGUACAUUGUAGAGUGGUACCCCACCCACAUCAGGCGUAACUGCAGUUUCAAUUGGAUGAAGGUGCCCGUCGGAAACACAAGCACCACAAUCCAGUCAGGGACCUUUGAGCCAGGGGAAAGGUACUCUUUUUCCGUCUACGCUUGCACCCCAGGAGCCCCGGAGCCUCUGGCAAGGAUGCAGGGAUAUGCAAAGGAGCUUGCUCCAGCCGAGGCGGUUAAAAAUUUGACGGCUGAGCAGCACGGGUCAAAGAUUCUGCUCCAAUGGGAAGGGAUUCCUCUGGAGAAGCAGAACGGAUUCAUCCAAGGCUAUUAUGUGUAUAUAAAGAAUGGUUACCACCUCAUCUCCACAGAGAACAUCACAGAAGUUGAUGCCAAGAGCUACACAUUGAGAAACCUGCUGUACGGUGGUGUCUAUGACGUCACAGUAAAGGCUUACACAUUAGGGGGAGAAGAUGAGGGGGCCACAGCCGUCAUCAAGUUUGACCCUCCCACUGAUUGGCUGAUCGUGGGGACCUUUACCACCUCUGCUGCAUUGACCUGCAUCCUAAUCCUCAUCAUUGUCUCCUGCUACUGGAAAAGGAAAUGGGUGAAGGAGAAGAUUUACCCUGAGAUCCCAAAACCUAGGCUCCCAGAUGAAUUUUUUAAAUCACACGGGUUGUUGGACAUCCGGACACUGGAUGUGAACCCGUGCCCUUACAGCAAAGUGCAAGUCAUGGAAAACCCACUGGACAAGCUUGGAGAUGUGAUCUUGGUGGAAGAUGGAGAUGGGUACCACCCAAUCGACACAGACACCAGUGGACCCAUUGUCCUCAAAUCCUACAGCCAGUUGGGCAACGAUCUCCAGAAGCCCGUCAACUCCUCUUCUGACUCCUCCUCCGGCUCCUAUGGUUCCAUACAAACCGAUAUCACCUACACAAGACUCCAGUGUCCCACCGUCUACUCAAGCCUGUCCUCUCCACAGGGCACUCUGCCUUCUGAUGUGUACAGGCCCCAGGAGACCAUGUCCUGCCCCAGGCAGCCCCAGGGUGUCCCGCGUGACCUCUAUCUCCAUGGAGACUCUGGAGGGUAUCAGCCCCAGUCCACCCAGCCACCAUUGUCUCCGGUGACGGGCGGCCUGGACAGCUCCAUGAGCAGCCCCACAUCUGUCAACUCCUUCACUUUACUGCUCCACAACCCUGCAUUAGAGAAUGCCUCAGGGCGUGCCCCUUCCCUCUCAUCUUCCCCUGCCUGGUUGCAAAACCUGUUGCCGCACAAAUAAUAACCCCAUGUGUUGCACCACAGAACUCCAACCAGGGGUGUUUAGC